CUUGCGUAAGUCGUGCAUGGCACACGCCGUUCCUCCUCCAUCGCGCGCGAUCUACACAGGACUAUCACGCACACGACUAUACCAAGAUGGAGCUGGGCACAACAUGGCGCUAAAUGAGCCCUUUCUGCUCAUGUCCAAGGCUGCGAAAGGCGCGGCUGCGGCUAAGCUCAUCCAGGACGCCACUUCCGCAUCUGGGUCUUCGUAUUCGCUGAGCUCCUCGAGCUGCCUAACAUCAAGAGCAAACAGCGAACAGUACGCACAGCACUAUUCACUCCUGCAGCUCUUCGCGUACAAGACGUACCAGGAUUAUCUUCAGCACAAGGAUGUAUUGCCCAGCCUCAAUCAGGCUCAAAUCACGAAGCUGAAGCACCUCUCAUUGGUGUCUUUGGCAAUGGAGAGCCGGAUCAUCCGGGGUAAGCUCGACCAGAAGGAGCAGCAGUUCGACGUCGAGUACACUGUCGGGAGGGAUGUGGAGCCGGGAAAGAUAGAGUCUUUGCUGGCCUCGCUCAAGAACUGGGCUGAGACGACGUCUGCCGUCAUGACCACUCUCGACGAGAGGCUUGCUGCGCUCACACAGGAGGCCGCGCAGACGAAGGCGAAGCAAGACGCUUACGACCAGCGGUACCAGACGACGCUCAAGGAGGUGCUGGACAAGCAGAAGGAGGCCAAGGCGAAGCAAAGGGCCGCAGCCUACCCCGGCCAGACAGGUCUUACCCCCGCAGGUAUCGCGGAGAGAGACAGGCAGCGUGAGCGUGAGAGGCAAGAGAGGGAGGAACAGGAGAGGCGGCAGCGGGAGAAGGAGCAAGGCAAGGACACCGACAAAGACACCGAGGAUGAUGGCAAGGGUGACAGCAUGGAUGUGGAUGACCCGCCUGAAAGUGGCAAGGGCAAGAAGAAGGCGCCCCACUCGGAUGCAGCUCAACGGCAGCAAAGGAAACGCAACAGGCCGUGAGCAGCUUCGCGGCAGCGCCGAUGACCUUCAUAUGCUGUGCACCCCUUCAUAUGAAAUGUACCGUGCUAUCCGGUUGUGCCAUUGCUUUGUACGCUCGCCUCGUGUCUGUCUGUAUAGUAUCAGGAUGCGGCCUCGCAGAUCGUAUAUAGACCCGACAUCCUUCUGGAAGUCAAUGGCAACGCAUGCAAGAGAAGUUGAAUGCACGCGGGAUGCUCUGCCGCCUGAGUCGAUGCUUCAACACACAUGACGCUGUCCUUGAGCCGGGUCCUAGCUCCCUCCGACACUGCGGUGUCCGUGCUGUGCUGAAUGAGCUCUGAG